AUGCGCUCUAAGUGCAUACAUACCUUCAAAAAUGAAUUGGAACGCCAGAUUGAACAGCUUACUCGCAAGCCAGAUGCCAGAGUGUACGCUCCUAUCGCUAGCCCCUCUGAGAAUAUCAAAUCAAGGCACACAAUGAGGAAUCCUGUACCUGCACUGUAUACGGAGUCGCAUCCUUCGAGCAUAGUCCCACCCGUUCUUGGCGCCUGGCUGCAAUGGCAGCCUCUCGUCUCAAAUUCUCCGACGCUGUCUAUUCUAACCUCACAGGGCCUAGACUUAAAGCGUGCUGCGGCGGGUUCCGACCUGAAGGAUCAUAUCAAUGCUAGUGUGGCCAAAAAGGAUGGUAUCGCUGCCUUGGUUUCUGUCAUUUCCGAGAAAAGCGCGAGUAACCUGUGCCAAAGCGCACGGAUCGCAUUCUGUUUGCAUCAAAAGUCAGAGGAAAAUCAGCAGCCACCAAACGGCCCUCGGGCCACAUCCGCAGCCGUAACCGCUUGCAACAAUUCGUAUUGCCAUCUCAUUGGGUCCAUGGCUAUCUUUUGA